CCCUGCCGACACCAGGGGGGCUCUAGAUGUAGCACCAUGACAGGCAUCGCCGCCGCCUCCUUCUUCUCCAAUACCUGCCGAUUCGGGGGCUGCGGACUCCACUUCCCCACCCUGGCCGACCUCAUCGAGCACAUCGAAGACAACCACAUCGAUACAGAUCCACGUGUUUUAGAAAAACAAGAAUUACAGCAGCCAACCUAUGUUGCCCUCAGUUACAUUAAUAGAUUCAUGACAGAUGCUGCCCGCCGAGAGCAGGAGUCCCUAAAGAAGAAGAUUCAACCAAAGCUCUCGCUGACUCUGUCCAGCUCAGUGACCCGAGGGAAUGUGUCCACUCCACCACGCCACAGCAGCGGAAGCCUUACUCCCCCCGUGACCCCACCCAUCACACCCUCCUCCUCAUUCCGUAGCAGCACCCCGACAG